AUGCCCGAGCCUUGGGCUUCCCCCGACGGCAACUUCACCCUCUUCCCCUUCUUCUCCGACUUCAAGGGCCCCAACGGCGCGGCGCUCAGCGCCCUGGAGACGGCGGUGCUGGCCUCGCUCUUCGCGCUGGCCCUGGCGGCCAACGGGAGCGCCAUCCGCCUGAUGGUCCGCCGCAAGGGCCGCCUGCGCGCCGCCAACAGCCUGGUGCUCAACCUCUUCUGCGCCGACCUGCUCUUCGUCAGCGCCGUCCCGGUCAUCGCGGUGGUGCGCUGGACCGAGAGCUGGACCCUGGGCGACGGCCUCUGCCACCUCCUCUUCUACCUGAUGAGCCUCAGCGGCAGCGUCACCAUCCUCUCGCUGGCCGCCGUCAGCCUCGAGCGCCUGGUCAGCAUCGUCCGGCUCCGGCCGUCGCAGUCCUACAAGAGGAGGCGGGUGGGCGCCCUCCUGCUGCUCAUCUGGGCCUUCUCGGCCCUGACCACCCUCCCGUUCUGCCUCUUCUUCACCGUCCAGGUCGUGUCCCUCCGGGGCCAGGAAGUGUACAUUUGCACCUUGAUUUGGCCCAGUACUAUUGGAGAAGCUUGCUGGGACGCGUGUUUUGUCUUCGUGGUCUUCCUCAUACCAGGAGUAGUCAUUGUAAUAAGUUAUUCAAAGAUCUUACAGAUCGCAAAAGCGUCAAGGAAGCGUCUGGAUGCUGGCAUGGCCUAUUCAGAGAGAAGUCACGUCCGAAUCUCCCAACAAGACUUCAAACUGUUACGGACCCUGUUCAUACUAAUGGUUUCUUUCUUUGUCAUGUGGAGUCCAAUAAUCAUUACUAUUCUCCUCAUUUUAGUUCAAAAGUUCAAGACAGAUGUGAACAUUAUGCCUUCUUUUUUCUUCUGGAUAAUGGUUUUCACAUUUUCCAAUUCAGUUCUCAACCCAGUUUUAUACAACGCAGCCCAUUUCAAACAUGAGUGGAGAAAAAUCUUUAUCUGUUGCCCAGGUCCUGUGGGGAAGAAAGAACCUGCAACAGAUACUACUCUUGGGCACCAUAACCAUGGACAUUUUACUGUGUCUGUCAUUUCUCAUUAACUUAAUGGUGUUCAGGACAAUCUUACCAACUUUGUAGAGCUCUAGACUAAAGUAAGCUAUGGUGAAAGCAAGACUGGAAAACACCAGAUUUUUGCCACACUUGUACCCAAUAUUGUUGCACGCAGAAGUUUGCUAGUGCUGCAGGAAAUGUUACUGUUGCCAUAAAGACCACAAGCAAUACUGAAACUGAUGGCAAUAAACAGAAGUUAGAAUCAUGUAUUUUCAAUUGGGUUCAAUGUUUUUGCUACUUUUUUCUCAUUAAAUGUGUGCAUUUUUUUUCAGUCUCCUUCGCACAAAUGGGAACUUUGAAGCUGGGAAGCGGCUUCCAAAAUCACACAUUUAAAAUGUUUCUGUGGGGCAGUGACACGGACAAUUACCACAUAUAACUGAUGGCUACCUAGUAGGAAAAGGUACAAAUAAUAGCCGCACUCCACUUUUUCGUACGGUACUAUUUUUCAUGGACCUUUUCCUCUAGUAACAGAUACUUGCUAAGAAAAGAGAGGGAAAACAAAUGUAGCAAGAGAUUUCCUCUUGCAAAUUUCCCAUUGAUGGUGUAAAAAAAUAGCAGGGCAUGGGCAAUGCACUGCUGUGGUGAUCACUAAGUGAGCUGUUCUGGUGGAGCUCCAUCCACACAUUCAUGAAGAAAGUGAGGAGCAAGUGUGCAUAGGAUUUUGCUUAGGCAUCCCAGCAACUUAAUAGGUAGGCCACAACAGUGUGGACUUCACCCCACAUGAAGCAGUAAUCUUGCUGAAGCUGGGUAGGCCUCGAUCUGAUCAUGCGUGGAUGGGAAGCUGAUCUGAGAACUCCAUGUCUCCACAGAAGAAAAAGACAAGAUAUUAAAUAUUGCAUCAACAAGUGGUUCCUCAACAACAUUAGGUAUGCAGGGUCCUGCUAUGCUCAUGGUUUCCUGGACCUGGGUCUAAAGGUUGCAAUGACAUGCACCUAAUUGGGGAGUAACUCUCACUGAGGUGUGUGGCUUUACUCCUGAGUAAUAAAGAGGAGACUGCUAUAAAUUCAGGGGUAUAAAUAUGGUUUUUGUGCAUUUCAUUCCUGGAAAAAUAAUUA